GGUAGGUUGAGGAGGCUAGCUACACUCCGCGUUUGCUUUUUCAAUUCCAAAUUUCAGUUUCCCAAACCUCUUAGGGUUUCGGCCGAAUGGAAACUCGAGUUGGGAACAAGUUCCGUCUCGGUCGGAAAAUUGGCAGCGGAUCCUUCGGAGAGAUCUAUCUCGGAACUAAUUUUCAGACGAAUGAAGAGGUUGCGAUUAAGCUUGAAAGUGUGAAAACCAAGCACCCUCAACUGUUGUAUGAGUCGAAGCUGUAUAAAAUUCUGCAAGGAGGAAAUGGGAUUCCAAAUGUGAAAUGGUACGGUGUUGAAGGAGAGUACAACGUGCUCGUGAUGGAUUUACUUGGCCCUAGUCUUGAGGAUUUAUUCAACUUCUGUAGUCGGAAAUUGUCUCUCAAAACUGUUCUUAUGCUUGCUGAUCAGAUGAUAAAUCGAGUUGAAUUUGUUCAUUCCAAAUCAUUUUUACAUCGCGACAUCAAACCAGACAACUUCCUUAUGGGUUUAGGAAGGCGUGCAAAUCAAGUGUAUAUCAUUGACUUUGGCCUUGCUAAGAAAUAUAGAGACACCUCUACACAUCAGCAUAUCCCAUACAGAGAGAACAAGAAUUUGACAGGAACUGCUAGGUAUGCUAGUAUGAAUACUCAUCUGGGAAUUGAGCAAAGCCGCAGGGAUGAUUUAGAGUCACUUGGAUAUGUUCUUAUGUACUUUUUAAGAGGAAGUCUGCCUUGGCAGGGAUUGAAAGCUGGUACUAAGAAGCAGAAAUACGAGAAGAUUAGUGAGAAGAAAGUUUCUACUUCUAUUGAGUCUCUCUGUCGUGGCUAUCCCUCAGAAUUUGCUUCAUACUUCCAUUACUGCCGGUCACUGAGGUUUGAUGACAAACCAGAUUAUGCUUAUUUGAAAAGACUUCUGCGUGACCUUUUCAUUCGUGAAGGGUUCCAGUUUGAUUAUGUCUUUGAUUGGACCAUUUUGAAAUAUCAGCAAUCUCAAAGUGCCACUGCCCCUGCCCGUGCUAUUGGUCCUGCUGCUGGACCAAGUUCAGGCGUGCCACCACUAGCGGCAAAUACUGAUGGACAGUUAGGUGGAGAGGAUGGUAGGCAUAAUAAUUGGUCUUCAUCAGAUCCUACUCGUAGGAGAAACCCUGUACCUUUUGCUAAUGAUGGCGUGUUAUCGAGACAAAAGGGCCCAGUUACAUAUGACUCAACUCAAUCUAAAGAUGUUAUGUUGUCAAGCUCUAAUUUUUUCCGGCCAAGUGGAUCUGCAAGGCGAGGGGCUGUCUCAGGCAGCCGAGAAUCCCGUGAUGUAGUUGUUGGCAGUGAGACUGAGGCUUCUCGUCCUCUAACUCUGGAUUCAAGUCAGGGAGCACUUCGUAAAAUGUCUGUUCCUGGUGCUCAGAGAAGUUCAGCAAUCACGUCUUCUGAGCACAACCGUACAUCCUCUGGCAGAAACACAUCGAAUAUAAAGAAUUUGGAGACAACUCUUAGGGGUAUUGAGAGCCUACAUUUCAAUGAAGAGAGGGUACAUUAUUAGUAGCUGCCACUCUCGAUGAUAACCUUUCUUUGUAAAUUCUAAAAGGCUUAUACUCUUUUUGAUGAACUGAGGAGUGGAAUGUUGUCUAUGCAUUGUGUUGAAGAAAAGCUGCGAACUAGUAGGGAAGAAUUAUGACUUAUUCCCCUUAAGUAUACAAUAAAAAGAUAUGUGUAGGCAGCUUCCUAACUAAACUGACCUUGUAAAAGGCUUCGUCUGUUCAUACGGUUUGUGUCAUACUGACAAAUGUUUUGCUUCUUCUCA